UUUGAAACUCUAGGCCUGCGCCCCCCAAGGCUCAACAGAAGUCCCUAAAUAUACCCUUGCAUCUGCCUCGGAUCUGAAAACGAAAAUUUGCUUGUGACCUUUGAUCGAGAAAAGAGCGAAAGUGCUUGGUGUUUUGCCAGGACUAUCCCGCGUCAUAUUACCUACGGCAACAGUGCUAGCUAGCUGGCCGCACCACAGUUCCAGCCUUGUGGUUCAAUCUGAUAGACAUCUGAUAGACGGCGCCGCAUACGACAACAGAUUUUUACCUUAUGAACUGAAUAGACGGUCAACGCCUCGAAAAUGGCGGACGACUUCGUGGAUCAAACCCUUUCGGAUCUCAUCACAGCAUUCCACAUCCUCCACCAGCAUCAGGUUGUCGAUGAACACGGCGAGAUAUCCGUCCGGCAUCCGCGCGACCCCACCACCUUCUUCACCAGCAAUGUACCAGCGAUUCUGGUCGCAGCUAAAAGCGAUCUGAGCCAAUGGCAUGUUGCUGACGGUUCGCCCGUAGAAGACCCUCACGAUGGGUGCUUGAAAUUGGAGCGCGCCGCCCCAGACAUGGAGCUUUACGCCCACAGCUCCAUCUACGCCAUGUACCCGGGCGUACAGAGCGUGAUACAUUCGCACUGUCUGAGCGCCAUCCUGUAUGGCCUCUGCAACAGUUGGAACAGUAUGCUGCAACCCAGCUAUCUCAUGGCCGGGUUUCUGGGCUCGUCACCACCCAUCUUUGACACCGCAAGCUUCUACGACUACUUGCCGCAGUCGCACCCGCACAAUUUGUUGAUCAGCAACCAAUUCCUCGGCGACGCCUUGGCCGAGAUGCUCCGAAAGUCGCAUGACGAUGAGAUGCGUCUGCUUGACGGACCAACGGACCUUCCCGAGCAGAAAGUGGUGUUCCAGCGCGGCCACGGCUAUACGACGUGGGCCGAGAGCAUCAAAGACGCUGUGUGGCGUGCCAUACAUGUCCGUCGGGAUGCGGACAUCCAGUCUGCUGCAAUGAAUCAGCGCGAAUCGACUGACUUGGAGAUCGUUUAUCUUUCAGAGAGGGAGGCCAGGGAUUGUGAAAGGACGAUAAAUCGUGCCGAGAAGAAGCAUUGGCUGGCAUGGUCGGCGGAGGCUUCUAGGUCCGGACAGUAUCACAAUGACCUGAGAGACAGGUUGGGCCCAGGCUAGAAUAGGUGGCAUUUGUGGAUCCUCCUGAAGAGGCGAAUUUCAGCAUCAUGGCUUCUGGCAUGCCGUUUGUGGUGGCACGGUUAGAACAUAGAGUCCGAGAUUGAUUCCAAAGUCAGGCCGGCUUCGACCCCAGGCUCAUCUUGCAGGACUCGGACGAUGUGGUCACAGCGUAAGACGAGUCGCUGCGUCGGGGUGCUUUCCACAGGCAUGGACGGUAAAUAGCCU